AUGCCAAUGCCUGCCCUCAUGUCCGAAGAAAAGAACGCUUCCACCACUUCCACCUCAAGACAACGUCCUGGGUCAGCAUGCGAGGAGUGUCGACGGAGAAAACUAAGAUGCGAUAGACAGCCACAAUGCGGUAACUGUGUCGAAGCUGGAGUCGUGUGUACCACGACCACCGUUCGGCCUGCCAGAGGACCCAAGAAGGGUCACCUAAAGGCCUUGAAAGGUAGAAUAGCAACGCUUGAGCGAUGUAUUAUGGAACAACAAGGUGGUUUAUCCCUGCCACUCAGUGAUGGAUCCCUGUCACCGGAAAACACACAACCUUGUAGCCCGGACGGUGAAAACGCGGACAAAUUACUUGAAAGACGAACAUCAGUUGCAUCUAUAGCAUCGUCUGUCCAUAUUCCAUAUGCUAUUCCAGAGCUUGUAAAAGCCGAUCUGGAUCAAUUAUAUUUUGAGAGGGUCCACCCUCUCAUUCCUGUACUACAACGCACUCGAUACUUCACGUGGGCCAAGGGUCCAUCAAAAUCCGACUCUCGAAUCGCUCUGCAGUAUGCCAUGUGGACACUUGCAGCUUCAUUGUCGACUCACUGCCAAAGCAUCCGCGAUUCUCUGUAUACACACACCAAACGCACCCUUGAGAUAAUCGAGUCCAAGGAUAAUGAAAUGGACUUUUUCGACAUAGAACAAGCCCAAGCAUGGCUAUUACUUGCAAUAUACCAAUUUACGCGAAGUACGUAUCGAAAGGGUUGGCUAAGCGCUGGACGCUUGUUCCGACUCAUUCAGAUGAUGCGAUUAUAUGAGAUCGAUAGUCCUAAUGAGUUGGCAGCCCAGCUCAUUGAACCAGACUGGGUGGAAGUGGAAGAGAAGCGACGGACCUUCUGGAUGGCUUACACGCUGGACCGGUUUGCUAAUAUUCGCAAGGGAUGGCCAAUCACUCUCACAGAGCACGUCCUGACUCGCCUUCCCAUGCCGGAAGCUGAGUUUCAGAGCGGGCAGCCAAUAAAUAUGGGAUUUCUUUCGGACUCGCUUGCAGGUAACGACUUUAUCACUACGCCACAGUCAUCGUUUGCAGAAUGCAUUAUUCUUGCUACUAUAUGCGGUCGAAGCCUGUCUCACCGACACCUAUCGAUGGUAGACGGGGUGUAUGGAAGCAACCCACAAGAGUUCUGGAGUCGACAUGAAUGGAUUGACUCUGCUCUUACCACAAGAAUUUCCAUGCUCUCCUUGACCUACCCGUUUCAGUCCGAGCAGAUGGAUCCAAUGCUUUUGUUCACCAAGAUGAUUGCUCAAACAACAAUACUGUGCCUUCACAAAAUCAUUGAAUCUGCAACGUGGGACGCUCCUGAAUACAGUAGUCUUAUUCUGGAAUACGAGCAGCGUUCACGAAUCGCGGCAAAAGAGACGGUUGAACUGGCCAAAGAACUGACUCAUUUGAGUUAUUUCAAGGUCCACCCCUUCACACCAAUCCCACUCUGCAUCUGCGCCGAAUUUCUAAACUCUCGAGAUCGCGACAUCGAUCCAUCCGUCAAUGCACAACUACAAGAAAUACUUAAUGCACUUCAAUACUUAAAAAAUGUCAAUACUCUCGCAAGCGAGAACCCUACGCUCCCUUUCUGGGUCGAUUUAAACAUGGCCAGUUUUGGUGUCGAUACUGCUGUCAAAAUGCAUGCUCAUAAAAUAGGCGAAUUCGCAUUUGGAGAGUCAUUUGGCUUUCUAGACCGAGAAGAAGACUAUAUGAACUUGAUCUCGGCAGUGGAUUCUCGUGGGGAGGUGCUUAAUGCCUUGGGCCACCUACCCCGAAUCUUUCGAUACUUGGUACUGCGUUUGUCUCUGGACUCAUUCUGGACAAGAGGUAAACAAGGCGCCCAAGCGCUCGCCGUUCUAGGUGCCAAGUCUUACUUCAAACGACGAGAUCAGAGGAAUGAAUCGCGGAAUGAUAUCUUAUCUUUCCUACUGAAAGCGAAAGAUCCUGAUACCGGUGCCUCCUUAACCGAAAAAGAGAUAAUUGCAGAAUCCAUCUCCUUCAUUGUCGGCGGUAGUGACACGACUAGCACUACCAUGACAAAUUUCGUAGACAUAGUCUCAAGAUCUGAUGACCUCCAAAAGAGUCUACAGGAGGAAUUAGACAAUGCAUACCCCGGCGAAAUGCCCCAGGACUGGGUUGCGGCCUUCAAGGAGGUUGAGAAGUUACCUGUUCUCAAUGCAAUGCUGCAAGAAACAAUGCGCAUCAGACCUACAAGUGCAACUGGGUUGGAACGUGUGACGCCGAAGGGCGGUGCCACAAUCGCCGGCCAAUUUAUUCCUGAGGGCUGCAAUGGUGCGAAUCCGUGCUCGACGUGCGAGGAGCUGGAAGUUCAUUGCCAAUAUGACUUGCCCUGCACUACCCGGACUGCUCCCGAGAUUAGGAAUACUCCGAUUGAUACUAGAAAUGACCGAACUACUGCUCUGGAGCAGCGCCUCCAAAGAAUUGAGCGUAGACUGGCAUCUCUAGAAGAUCAUCGAUUGCCAAAUAACAACCAAACUUCCGAGUCUCUCCAAUAUGGGUCACAACAAUCGAGGCAAAGAUCAAAGGCAAUGCGCAGAGGUUCUUGGAGUACCGAGCAGGAGACCGCGCCGACUGUUCCUGUAAUGAGUAUGUCGAGAAUAUCUGAUCAAUCCGGUGGAGUCGAUGGAAUGUGCUCCGUUGCAUUGCGAGAGGGUGCCGAAGAGGAUGAAUACUUCGGCAACUCAUCCAAUGUGGCUUUCUUACGCUCAAUCGUUCAGGCAACUGUUCACUCCACAGAAUUCGGGGAUAGGACAGUAUCAGAGACGGGGAUCACUAGCUCAGAGAAUUGCGGCCACAGCAAUUCAAAUUCAUUCUUCACGUGGCCUUCUCGUACUGAUCAAUCAGGAAAUAAAUCACGACGUACUCCGAUUGACCCUUUCGCACUUCCCCCCAAGGAUGCAUCAGAUGAUAUGCUUCACUUGUACUUCAACACUGUCAACCUUAUGAUCCCUUGUAUUCACGAGGAUUCAUUUCGACAAGCCCUGAUCCAGAUGAGAACUGAGGGACCUGAAAACGUCAGGAGGUCGUGGCUUGGCGUUUUGAACAUGAUGUUUGCCAUUACUACAAAUGUGAUGACUCCGACUUCGCCUACGCAGGAUCGAGCACGACAGUCAAAUACUUUCUACGAGAGGGCUGUGGAACUGGUUCGUCCUGGGAUUUUGGGGCGACCUUCAGUUGAGAUGGGUAUGGAUUGGACACUGGUUUAA